AAGGCUUAUAUUUAAUAAAUAAACAAUUACUAAUGAAAAAAGCAUGUUCGUUAUUAUUUUCGGAUAAUGAUCCGAGUAAUUUCCAUGUUUCAGGCCGCAGGAAUUUGAAGCGGGAAGCUUUUAUCCCGGAAUAGAUAUGGAGGAAGCAUACAAAAUUAAAAACCAAGUAAAUAUACUCGCUAAAACUCUGAAAUCGUUCAAAUUGGCUAAGAACCUAUUGUACGAUAGAUCGCAGUAUCUCUCCCGUGGACAUAUGGUGGCCAAAGCAGACUUCGUCUAUGGCGCUCAACAGAGAUCAACCUUUUGGUACUUGAACACCGCCCCUCAAUGGCAAACCUUUAACGGGGGUAAUUGGAAUUCUCUGGAGAUCAGCGUCAGAUACUUCGCCGCCACCUAUCAUUUGGACCUCGACGUUUACACGGGGGUACACGGUCAUAUGACUAUGAAGGACAUUUAUGACAACCAGGAACCCUUAUAUUUGGACGCACUGUCCGUGCCCAAAUUCUAUUGGAAAGUCAUCUACGAUCCGUUGAGCAAGCAGGGUACGGCGUUUGUGGGUCUUAACGAUCCGUUCAUCACAUCGAUCACGGAUGACAUAUAUCUCUGCAAAGAUAUCAGCGAGAAAAUCGAGUGGCUGAUCUGGCAACCGAAGAAUAUCACAGCUGGUAUCUCUUAUGCCUGCAGCGUUGAUGAUCUGCGAGAGGCGGUGCCCACCGUACCGCUAUUCGAUGUGAUUGAUAUUCUAAUAUAACACGAGCGAAUCACCUAUACAUAUCGUACAUCGGAAUUGCAAAAGAAUAAAAUUGAUAACUCAAUUUCAUCAAGGUAAGGCAAUUUUUAAUUUUAGAUUUUUAUAUAUCUGAAACUAAUUUUAUGC